UUCGACCCUUUGCUUCAUCUCCAUCUAACAUCAUUCACCGAAGCUUUUCUUUUCUCUAAAGCUCAGAGAAAGACAGAGAGAGAAAGGGAGAGGGAGAAAUGGGGAAAGAUCUGAGCAGCGAUCAAAUAUCCUCCAUGAAGGAGGCAUUCACGUUGUUCGACACCGACGGCGACGGGAAGAUCGCGCCGUCCGAGCUCGGCAUCCUCAUGAGGUCACUCGGUGGUAACCCGACCCAGGCGCAGCUCAAAUCCAUCAUCUCCGAGGAGAAGCUCAGCUCGCCGUUCGAUUUCAAGCGCUUCCUCGACCUCAUGUCCAAGCACCUCAAGCCCGAGCCCUUCGAUCGCCAGCUCCGCGACGCCUUUAAGGUCCUCGAUAAGGACAACUCGGGCUUCGUUGUCGUUGCGGAUCUCAAGCACAUCCUCACCAGCAUCGGGGAGAAGCUCGAGCCUGCGGAGUUUGAUGAGUGGAUCCGCGAGGUUGAUUGUGGAUCCGACGGCAAGAUCCGCUAUGAGGACUUCAUCGCUCGCAUGGUUGCCAAAUGAUUUCCUCCUGCAACAUUAGUUAUUGGUUGUACCUUGAAUGAAGCGGAGUUCCUAGUUUGCUUCCUUCUACAGGCUAGUCUUUUGCAUGGCGCGUUUGAAGGGCAUUUUCUAAAUCUCUGCCUUGAUGUUUAUUUUCGUUUCUGAUUUGUUUGUUAUUGAACAAUUUGCGGGUUUUGGAUGUUUCAGGGGUUGUGUAUUUGGAUUUCAGUAGUCUGAACCUUUCAAUCUUUGGAAUCAUGUACUUGAGAUUCAUUCACUAUAACAUGUGUAUAGUUCCCCUCAAUAUUAAAAGUCAGCAACCAGCUUGUUACGAUUUA